CUGCAGGUCACAUCUCCAGUGGCCCAUUGUCUGAAGCUGGCUCUCCAGACACAUGUACACAUCUCUUAGGAACAGAACUGAGUCUAUAUCUGCCUUCCUAACACUCAGACCAGUGCUCGACCACUGAUUGUGGCUCGGAGCUUUGGUCCCUGAUGGUCCUACGGUGGUACAUAUACGGUCCGGUGUGGUCUGGUAGAGAAUGUGGAAUGAAGUAUUGGGUUCUGCCAGUUCCCAUUCUAUUGCAGUUGGAAUGGAACCUGGACUAGAAUCCACGGAAUGUGAAUUACGAUGUCUCAGUGUUAGGAGAUUGGCCAGCCAUGUUGCUGAAGUCAGAACGACUCCUUGCCUCACAAACCCACUGCCUCCACACAAGGUAGCCUCUCCUUCUCCUCCUGCUUGCCUCCGUAUCCCUCUCCCUCCUGCUGCUUCUGUGGUCUGGGAGGGUUGGAGAGAAUACCCGGGAGCUAUAGCCGUGAUUAGCACAGAAUCAGUAGCUUUCAGACUACUGGCAGCACUCAUUAUUUUGCUCUAGCUAGCUGGCUUGCAGUUCGUCGGGAGCUAUCGGUGGGAGGAGCUCAAUAUAGGUGUGGCUAAACUAUUGCACUUUGACCUCCGCUGUGUACUUCUGGGUGUGUUUGUGCUCGCUUGUCUCUUCAAGCUACUGACUUUACCUGGCUCAUAUAGGACUAGAAUGGCUGAGGGAGGGGAGUCGAUGGGAAAGUUCGGAGCGGCGGUAGGAUCAGGAGCGGCCAAACUCGGCAAGAAGGCGGCUCAGUCUGAGGCCGGUAGGUCUGCUGGGCGAGCCGCCAUCUCCGGAGCGGCAGAUGGCGUGAAGGACGACCUCACCAACCGCUAUUUGGGAGAAGGUGGAAGCAGAGAGUCCUCUCCUGUGGCUGCCCCACCCCCGCAGCCCAAACCUUCCGCCAAACCCUCCUCCUCCUCCACCUCCUCCUCUUCCUCCCCCUCCUCCAGUCAACCCCACCACCAGGCAACAGCAGCAGCUCCUUCCUCGUUCCAUUCGGACCACCGCCCGCCCAAACCCUCCCUCCUCAACAAGUUUAGACCUCACAUCAACAAGACCUCCUCCAAGCCAGCACGGAGACCUGUUCGUCAAUCCAGCCGUAAGGAGAGAGUCUACAAGUACAACCUCUCCAAGGAGGCAAACUGGGAGGAAAAGUUGAAGGUGCAGACACUGUACAACUUCAAGUCGGGCCAACGGAGCGACCUUGAGUUCCGGAAGGGACAGAUCAUAGAGGUUCUGACCAGGACGGACAACCAGUUUGACUGGUGGGAGGGCAAGUUGGAGGACCGUGUGGGGAUCUUCCCUGCCAACUAUGUCAAGAUCAUGAGAGACUGAUGUAUAAUUAUACACACACAUUGGACUAUUGCUUGUGUGCAUGUGUGUGUAGUGUGUAGUGCACAGCGAGUGAAGCCUCAAACCUCUGAAUAAGAGACCCUGGGACAUUGUCCUUUAUUCAGAGGCGUUCUUCAUUCAGUUCUUACUUUAUAUAAAUCAUAGACAA